UCUUAAAUUUUUCAUUGCUGCCUUUGUUAAAGCGAUUUAUCCCAAAAUUUAUCUCUUAGGGUUUUUUGAGAUGUUCUCCGCCAGCCAGUUCGACACCCCUUCCGCCUUCUCCGGUGCUGGCUUCAUGUCCUCACAGUCAUCUCAGUUGACCGAUGCUGGUCCCUCUCCGGCAAAGGGUCGUGAUAGUCAUGGGUUGAUUCCAGUGACUGUGAAGCAGAUUAGUGAGGCGCAUCAUUCUGGUGAUGAAAAAUCGAAUUUUGUGAUCAAUGGUGUAGAAGCUGCCAAUGUUACUCUAGUUGGAAUGGUGUCUGACAAAACUGAAAGAAAUACUGAUGUCAGUCUAUUUCUGGACGAUGGAACAGGACGAAUCAAAUGCAGAAGAUGGGUGAAUGAGAACUUUGAUGCAAGGGAAAUGGAAGGAUUAGAAGACGGCAUGUAUGUUCGGGUUAAUGGGCACUUGAAAAUAUUGCAGGGUACCCGACAAUUGGUUGCCUUCUCUGUGAGGCCUGUGUCAAACUUCGAUGAAAUUUCAUUCCACUUUAUCGAAUGCAUACACAAUUACUUGCAGAGUUCCAAAUCUCAGCAGCCAGGAAAUGCUGAUAAUCAGACUCAGGCUGCAGACUCUGCUUUUAGCACUCCUGUGAAAAGUGUAUCAAAUGGAUUUCAGAUAGCACCAUCCAGUCAGUUAUCUGGGGAAAUUAGUUUUGGUGCUCCAAAGGGCUGCGAUCAGUUGGUACUUGACUAUCUGCAGCUGCCUUCAAGCAUUGGGAAGGAAAAGGGGAUACACAGGGAUGAGCUUUCCCAACAGCUUAAAAUUCCCUUGGAGAAAAUUAUGGAGUCCAUUAGAUCUCUUGAAGAUGAAGGUUUGAUAUAUUCAACUAUUGAUGAAUUUCACUUCAAAUCAGCUGCGUAGGGUUGAUCUAUCUUCCGCUUGGAGUACCUGUCUGUCAGAGUUUUACUUACUGUACAUUUCAUUUCAAUCUCUAGAGUUCUUAUUAUUAGGAUGUUCUAAUGGUAGUUCUAAUGGUAGACGUUUAGUUACAAUGGAGCAUGUUAUACUCUCUGUUUUGGUGAACUUAAAAUGUUUUGCGCUUUGUAAAAUGUUUUCUAAUUUCCAUCCUUCGUCCUAGAGUCAAGACUAGAGAUUAGAGAUGAUAAUUACACUAGACUAAAUCGAAGUUGAGAUGAGUUACAGACA